GAAAAAAUCCAGACAGGAUGGAACUCACCAAGAUCCUUGGGAUUGACUAUUUUCGUUACCAGUUGCUAGUCUGGCGAAUUUGUGGUGCCCUCGAUCUCUGCAAGGGAAACUACUGGAGUUGGGCGAUGGGCUUGAACAUUUUCACGUUCCUGCAGACGCCCAUGCUUUUAAAAUCUAUAUUCAGCUUUGAAGAUCCGAUGGAUAACAUCUUCAAUUUCGCCCUGGCGAUCACAUCGCUUUCCACUCUUCUUAAGUUUUUGAUGUACCUAUCGCAGCUAAAUAAGUUGGUUGACGUCCGGAGGAUUAUCAAUCACUUGGAAUCCCGGGUUUCUGGGGAGGAUCAAGUUAUCCGGCAUAGGAUAAUGUCCAGGCAUUUGCAAAGGCUAACUAUGAUUUUCCUGGUUCCCUAUGGCUUAGGGUUCCUCAAUGCUUCGGGAUCCUUUCUUUUCAAAAGCGAGCGCAGCUUGCCGCUGCUCAUGUGGUUUCCGUUUGACUGGAAAUAUUUACUUGUUGCCUAUCUCGGAGCUUUGGUCUUCCAGCUUGUUGGCCUUUUUGUUCAAAUCCUGCAUAAUUUUUCUGGGGACUCCUUUCCGCCCGUAGCAUUGUACCUGGUUUCCGAGCAAUGUCAGUUGUUGAUCCUAAGGAUCUCCAAAAUUGGUUAUGGCUCAAAGAAUCUGAAGAAGAAUGAACAGGAUCUUGUCAACUGCAUCGAGGACCAAAUUACGCUCUACAGCUUACUGGAAUUGAUUCAAUCCAUGAUUUCCUUACCCAUGAUGAUACAGUUCUUAGUUAUUGGCAUUAACACCGCAGUGACCUUGUUUGGACUAAUAUUCUAUGUGGAGGCCAUAUCGGAUCGCAUCUUUUAUGUGUGCUUUCUGUUGGGCCUCACUUUGCAGACUUUCCCACUUUGUUAUUAUGGAACCAAGGUGCAGGAAAGCUUUGAGGAGCUCCACUACGCGGUAUUCUGCAGCAACUGGGUAGACCAGAGCGCCACCUAUCGGGGAUAUAUGCUGAUCCUUUCGGAGCGCACCAAGCGACAACAGAUCCUCCUCGCCGGCAACCUGGUGCCCAUCAACUUGAGCACCUUUGUGGCCUGUUGCAAGGGAGCCUACUCCUUUUUUACCCUGAUGGCCGACCGAGAGGGCCAGGGCUCCCUAAACCGGAGGACUUAACUCUCAAUCUUCAUUAAAGCAAGAAUAACCCACAAAUAGCUUGUAUAAGCACCUAAUAUUUAAACGAAACAUGGUCAUGAUAUGUAAUUUAAUCAAAUGUAGGGAAUACAUUGUUAAACUAAAGAUCCAGAACUAUUUGAUUUAAAAAUUGAAGAACAAAAAAACCGUAGUCAAUUGAUUUCACAAUUUCCAUACAC